UAACAAGGGUAAAAGUCGAAAGUGCUAAAUAUUAACGUCUAACAAAAAAAUCAUGUGAUCUAUAUUUAUAAAUAGAACAAGAUAAUAAUAAUGCACAUAAAACGUGAAUUAUUUGAAAAAUUGACAUUUUAAAAAUACGCACAUUGAGUUGGCUACACUGUUUCCAUUUUCAAAACGUAAAAGCAAGAUUUCCGUUUCCUUUUCCGCCGACGUUUGACAGCUACAGAAAAUGCCAUCUGUAACGUUAAAAGACGUUGAUCAACACAAAUUUGUGACGGCUUUCGCCUCGUUCUUAAAAAAAUCUGGAAAACUCCGUGUUCCAGAAUGGGUAGACCUCGUAAAAACCUCAAGAGCUAAAGAAUUAGCUCCCUAUGAUCCUGAUUGGUACUACAUCAGAUGUGCAGCAAUUGCCAGGCACAUCUACAUCAGAUCACCUGUAGGUGUAGGGACUGUAACUAAAAUUUUCGGUUCUCGUAAACGCAACGGUACCAAACCUUCACAUUUCUGCAGAUCUGCUGGUAGCAUUGCCCGUAAAGCUCUGCAAAGUUUAGAAUCAGUCAAAUUGAUUGAAAAAUCAGCAGAUGGUGGUAGAAAAAUUACCCAACAAGGAAGGAGAGAUUUGGAUCGAAUUGCGGCCCAAGUCAAAGCAAAAGAACGUAAAGCACUUAAAGCUUCUGCUGUACUUGCUUUGUAAACCAUUAAGAUUAAAUAAAUAAUUAUUUGAUA